AUGUUUGGGGGCAGUAGCAGCGACCCCGACCUUGAAAAGGCCCCUCAGGUGGGCAAGCUCCCCGCCGACGACAGUAGCGAUGGAGCAGUUCCCGGAGAGAGCUUUGCCUAUGGCGACUCCCUCUACGCAAAGGUACAACGACUGGCAGGAAAGCUCAACAUUGAGCAGCGCGGUAUUGAACGGGUGCCGGCGGAAGAACAGACGGACACGUCCUAUUUCAAUAUUGGCAGCAUGUGGCUGGCGGCCAACAUGGUAGUCAGUUCUUUCGCCAUCGGUGUCCUCGGGAAAUCCCUCUUCAGCCUCGGCUUCGUUGAUGCCAUCCUGGUCUGCAUCUUCUUCAACCUGCUGGGUAUCAUGACCGUCUGCUUCUUUUCGUGCUUCGGUCCUCCUUUCGGCCUUCGACAAAUGGUACUCUCAAGAUUCUGGUUUGGUUGGUGGGCAACCAAAUUCAUUGCCUGUCUGAAUGUGUUGGCUUGUGUGGGCUGGUCCGCCGCCAACUCCAUAGUGGGUGCCCAGCUAUUGAACGCGGUCAACAGUGACGUGCCGGGAUUUGCGGGUAUCCUCAUCAUCGCUUUCUGUACUCUCUUCGUCACGUUCGCAGGCUACAAAGUGGUCCACAUGUAUGAGUACUGGAGCUGGAUCCCCACGUUCAUUGUUUUCAUGAUUGUGUUCGGGAUGUUUGCCCAUUCCGGAGACUUCAGGAAUAUACCGAUGGGAGUUGGAACCUCUGAGCUUGGAGGUUGUCUUUCAUUUGGUUCCACUGUAUACGGCUUCGCCACCGGGUGGACCAGUUAUGCUGCUGAUUACACCGUAUAUCAGCCUGCAAACCGAAGUCGCCGCAAGAUAUUUUUCUCCGCCUGGGCCGGACUCAUCCUCCCUCUGCUCUUCACCCAGAUGCUGGGUAUCGCGGUCAUGACCGCGACGUCCAUCGACGACGGCAACAACAAAUAUCAGUUGGGUUAUUCGACGUCCGGAAAUGGCGGCUUGCUCAACGCCGUUCUCGAGCCGCUUGGUGGUUUCGGAAAGUUUUGCUUGGUCAUUCUUGCUCUUUCCAUCAUCGCCAACAAUUGUCCCAACAUUUACUCUGUCGCUCUUACCCUUCAGGUUAUGACUCGGUACUCCCCGAAAGUCCCCCGUUUCAUCUGGGUGUUCCUAGGUUCCUGCGCCUCGAUUGCUAUCGGAAUCCCUGGCUACUCUUAUUUCGAAACGAUCCUGGAAAACUUUAUGAACUUCAUUGCAUACUGGCUGGCCAUAUACUCGGGCAUCUCCCUCACCGACCAUUUCGUCUUUAAGCGAGGUUUUUCGGGAUACCGUAUUGAGAUAUACGACAAACCCGACAAGCUCCCCCCUGGCAUUGCCGCUGCUCUGGCUUUUGCGUUCGGCGUUGCUGGUAUGAUCACCGGAAUGAGCCAGUCGUGGUACGUGGGUCCCAUUGCGAAACAUGCGGGUGCGGCCCCCUCUGGCGGUGACAUUGGCUUCGAACUGGCUUUCGCCUUCGCUUCGGUGUCGUAUAUGGUAUUACGACCCAUCGAGAUAAGAAUAUUUGGUCGGUAA